GACCUGUCGGAGCUGUGCUCACAAAGGUCACGGGCCUCGUCCAGACGGCUGGUUGGGAUCCCCAGGGACUGUUCCUUCCCCUUCGUAUAAACGCGCGGUGUAGCUGAAAGGAGGCUCUGUUCUGUUGGAUAAAUGGCAAGCAAAAAGCGAGAAAUCCAGUUACAGACAGUCGUUAAUAGUCAAAGCCUGUGGGAUGAGAUGUUGCAGAACAAAGGCCUAACAGUGAUAGAUGUUUACCAAGCCUGGUGUGGACCUUGCAAAGCAAUGCAACCUUUAUUCAGAAAACUGAAAAACGAACUGAACGAAGAUGAACUUCUGCAUUUCGUUGUCGCAGAAGCUGACAACAUUGUAACUUUGCAGUCAUUUAGAGAUAAAUGUGAACCUGUUUUUCUCUUUAGUGUUAAUGGCAAAAUUAUUGCAAAGAUCAUUGGUGCAAAUGCCCCACUUGUUAAUCAAAAAAUUAUUAACUUGAUUGAUGAGGAGAGGAAAAUUGAAGCAGGUGAAAUGGUUCGCCCUCAGUAUCAUGAAAUUACGUUUGUGGACUCAGAUGCGGAAGAUGGUGAGGAAUCACCCUAUGAAAGUGCCGAGCAACUAUACAGUAUUGCUAUUAUCAAGCCCGAUGCUGUGAUUGCUAGAAAAUCUUUAGAAAUUAAAAAAAAAAUUCUCGAGGCAGGAUUUGUCAUAGAAAUAGAGGAUAAGAGAGUGCUCACUGAACAGCAAGUAAGGGACUUCUACAGUCGAAGAGCAGACCAGCCUGACUUUGAAGAUUUUGUCCUUUUCAUGACAAAUGGCCUGAGCCAUAUUCUAGUGAUAUCUCAAGGAAAUGAAGAACAGCCUGCCUGGGAAGAAACUGAACCCAAUCCUGAGACUGAAACUAAAGUGUAUGAGGAUCAUCACCAUGAGGUGGCCCCACCUACGCUGAGGAAGGAGAAGCGGUACAGUUUACAAGAAUAUCUGGAAAGACAACAUAUAUCUCAGCUCUGUGAUAUUGAAGAGAGUAUAGCUAACGUUAAUAAGUUUAUUGAUAUGUUCUUCCCUGAUUUUAAAAGUAUGAAAAACCUCAAAUUAGAAAAGAUCCUGGCAUUACUUCGACCAGAUCUCUUUCAAGAAAAGAAAGAGAAUGUUUUAGGUAUCAUCCAUGAUGAAGGCUUUAAAAUACUGAUGCAGAGACCAAUCGUAUUGUCAGAAGAAGAAGCACAAACACUGUGCAAGGAAUAUGAAAAUGAAGAUUAUUUUGAAAAUCUUAUAAAAAAAAUGACCAGCGGUCCAUCUCUAGCCCUUGUUUUAUUGAGAGACAAUUGUUUACAACACUGGAAAGAGUUAAUUGGGCCCAGCAGUGUUGAAAAAGCCAAGAUAUCUCUUCCAGAGAGCUUAUGCGCGCAAUUUGCAGUGGAAGGUUUGCCUAUCAACCAGUUGUAUGGAAGUGAUUCGUUAGAAACUGCUGAAAAGGAAAUACAAUAUUUCUUUCCUCCUCAACAGACUUUAGCACUGAUUAAACCUCAUGUAACACAGGAACAAAGAGAGGAGAUCUUGAAAUAUAUUAAAGAGGCUGGAUUUGAAAUCACACAGAUGAAGGAAAUGCUCCUAAAUGAAGAAGCAGCAGACAAAAUUUACUCAAAAAUAAAAACAAAAGACUUUUAUAAAGAUGUAUUGGAAGUGUUAUCUGAAGGUCUGUCUUUGGUCAUGAUUCUGACCAAGUGGAAUGCUGUUUCAGACUGGAGACGAUUGAUGGGUCCUGUAGACCCAGAUGAAGCAAAACUACUGUCCCCAGAUUCUAUCCGAGCCCAGUUUGGAACAAGUGUUUUGAAAAAUGCUGUCCAUGGAUCAUCUAAUAUCCAUGAAGCAAUGGAGACCAUCAAUCAAAUGUUUGAAGUGUUGGUUCCCGAGAACCCUGAGGGAAACAAAGUAUGGUACCUUUUAAAUGAUUGUUUUCUUUUCUUUGCUUGUUACUGUGAUUGAGCCCAGGACGAGACUGUCCCAGAAGGACCAGAACUUUUCCCAUAUGUCUGAAUCAAACUUUAUUUCUUGCCAGACACACUGUGCUAUUCCAUAACAGCCUUGAAGCUAUAUAAUAUGUAUAUGGAUUGAGUUUGCUUAGCUGUUGAUAGGAAGCUUGAAAACUUUUCUGUCCUGGGCCAUGUGGGAGACAGAGCCUAAGUUAAGUGACUUUUCCCAUAAAACCUACUUUCCUUCUUUAUUUUUAAAGCGGGCUCGCAUACACUUGUGUGGCUCUGACUGCUGACUGGAAUAGGACUAUAUAUGGCCUCUUUGCAUGUUGAGGGUUGUCCCCCCUUGGAUAACCCAAACUGAGAGUCAGUAUCCAGAACGUAAUGAGAAAGCAGUGUGAAGUGGAGAAACCCAUCCACACCCAGCCAGGUUCCUUGGGGAGAGAAGAGUACCUUUUUCCCUUAAUAUUGUCAUUUAGGCUAUAUUUCUCCAGGUAUAAGCACAUUGUAUGAAAAUAUUAGAUGCAUAAAAUAAAAAUAAAUUUGGGCAAAGGGAGCCUCAUUCCAUACGUCUCACUCAAUUACAGACCGAGGCAUGAGUGUACAACCCAUAAACAUUUAUGUUGGGAAAAUAUGUAUCGUGUGUCUGAUUGAACUGUAGGUUCUUGGUUGAUACAAAAAAAAAAUGGCUGAGUGAAGGUUGCCUGAGGAAAGGGCAAAUCUAACGGGGAGACAAAACUCACAGAAACAACAUCUGAUUAUAAUCACUAUGGGACAGUACCUUAUUAAACAUGUCACUGAUGGAUGACUACGAGGGGAUAGAUGUUAGCAAUCUGGUGUAGAUCUAUGCUAACAUCUGCAUAUCCCUCCUUUUUUGAUGAGGGGAGCAUUAUGAAUAAUAUAGAGGAUUUCAAAUUAGUGUAUAAUUAAGUGCUGAAUUGACAGGUGUUAUGUUUGAUGGUUAGGCGUUGGAGAAGGUAAGGAAUAAAAUCAGUCUUGAGAAAUAAGGAGGAUUUUCAAAAUCAGAGGUAAGGAAGCAAGAAAGAGAAUUCAGUGUUGUUGGUUUUUUAUUUAUUUUUUUUAAUUUUAAGUUUACUUAU